AUGGCUUGUAUCCUUCAGCCCAGGGAAGGAAGGCAAAAUGUACACAUAGUGACUGGUUUCCUGCUCCAAGAUGUACCUGGCAAGAAUGUCAUCCUCCAAAGAGGCUCCCAGGGACACCCGGACCAACUACCUUAUGUACUGGUCUGGCAAGACAUAGUGGAGUCCCCUCCCCCUUGGGUAAAAGUCUACCUUCCUACCCCAACCAAAGCGUUGAGAGUGCUCACUCUGCAGGAGAAGGGAAUGGAGCCUCCGGAGAGUGAGUCAUCGCAGCCUCGGGAGAAGCCAAACCCCUUCCAUAAGUCUCCAAAGAACCACUUUUACCCCAUUCUCCCUGACUAUAAUGUGGAGGAGAUAAUUUUUCCCCCCUAUACCAGUCAGUUCCCCCAGAACCCUCAGCCCCACCUGCGCCGCAGCCCCAAGCCGCUGCUGCAGAAGCGGUCCCUGGAGCGGCCAGGGAAAGGAGGCAGGAAGGGGAGGCGGACCGACCAGCCACGGGACCGAAGGAGGGUCGCCCGGGUGGCUGGUCCUGGAGUGGGCCCUGCCGACUCCACGGAUGAGUAUAGUCUAUGCUUUCCAGUAGUUAUUGGAAAAUAUUACUGGUAUAAGCAUGAUCAAAAUUAUGUGCUUGCUUCAGGAAGUUCCUGGGGUCAAGUUACUUGCACACAGGAUGGAUGAUCUCCAGCAGUUCUGUGUCUCUGUAGAACAUACUCAAAAUCAGAUCUAAAAUUAAAAAGGGAUUUAUUUUCUGAAUUUUAUUGUAUUUAUUCUUUAAAUAAAGAAACAUCAUGUACAUAUAAACCAGGAUAGGCAACCACUGGUGGAAAGACUUCAGUAUUCAUUAAAUGUAUGCAAAGUGGAUGGUCAACUCAAUUGAUGUCCAUUAAAUUUUGUGAUAUGCCAUUUUGUGAGAAUUCUAGAAUCAAAAGUAAUGGCACAAGGUUUAUGCUCAAUGACAUAUUGGACUAUGAAUGCUGUGAUGGAUAGGAAACCAAAACUGGAAACACCACAGGUUCCAUAGUAUGUGGUGAAGAUGGUUGGUCCCAUUUGCCAUGCUAUCAUUUUACAGAAAAGUUUGGGUCUCUGCCACCUAUUAGUAAUGGGGAUGUCACUUCUUUCCCAUUAAAAGUGUAUCCUCCACAGUCAAAACUUGAGUACCAAUGCCAGUCCUACUAUUAACAUCGGGGUUUUAAAUAUGUAACAUGUAGCAAUGGAAAGUGGUCAGAACCACCAAAAUACAUAGAUAAAUUUUGCUACAUUUUAUCUUUUACACUGACUGAUGAUGCUGACAUUUUGGCUGACCCUGCUGUGAAUCAAACUGCAGUUAUUGUCUCCUAUUUAUAUCCAUGUAUAAUAUCUGAAGAAAUCAUUAAUAAAAAUAACAUACAGUUGGAAGAGAAAAGUGACAAACAAUAUGUAAAAACAGAAAAUACCCUUGAAUUUAUGUGUAAAUUGGGAUACAGUGCAAAUACAUCAAUGCUAUCAUUUCAAGCAGUGUGUCGAGAAGGGAUCAUGGAAUAUCCCCUGUGUGGUUAG